AUGAUUAUUCGAUAGAGUUUAUUAAUUAUCUUUUUUACUCUAGCUACUUGUCAAAAAGAAUAUAAUCCUUAAAUUCAUAGAGUCCAAUUAGGCGGAGGAUUGAAAUACUAUUAUUAUUAUGUAAAUAUUUACGUUGGGAGUCCUCCUCAAAGAGAAGCUCUUAUAAUCGACACGGGAAGUACUAAAACAAUAUUUCCAUGUGUUGAUUGCUAGAAUAAUAAUUGCGGUUCACAUUUGAAUAAAUAUUUUGAUUAUAAAUCGAGUUCUACAUUUCAUCCUUUAAAAUGUCAAGAAAAAUUUGAGAAUUUUUAAUGCUUUUGCAAUAGUCAAGACCAAGAUUAAAUAAACUAAUGCACUUUUGUUUAAGAUUAUAUGGAAGGUAGUUCUUAUAAAGGCUAUUAUAUGAUAGAUUAAGCUAUUUUUGGAGAUGAAUUAUACCAAGCAUAUAGAAAUGAAACAUUAAUAGAAACUUUAAUCAAAGAAAAAUAUAUUGAUAUUUAGACUUAGUUCAUGUUUGGAUGUGCCACAAUAGAAACAAAGUUAUUUAAGACUCAAGAUGCAGACGGGAUACUUGGUUUAGGUCCUGAAACAAACUAACAAAACACAUAACCGAAUUUAAUUGAUAUGGCAUUUAGAACUCAUAAUCAUAUUAGUGAAAAGCUAGAAUUUUCAUUAUGUUUAGGGAUUGAUUCAGGAUAUAUGUAAAUUGGUGGUUAUGAUACUUAAAAUCAUUUAAAUAAUGGUAACAACAUCAAAAUUAAAUACGAUACAAAUCUAGUUAAUGAGUAAUAUGGAAUCAAAAUCCACAAAUUACAAAUAGGAAAUUAAACACUUGACGAUGAUUUUGCAACAUUUAUUGAUUCUGGAACAACAUAUACUUAUUUUCCUAAUAAAUACUACAACUUUAUAAUGAAUUAAAUAAAUGAACAUUGCAAAGAUCCAUAAAACUGUUUGGGUGACAUGAUCAAAGACAAAUGCUAUUUAUACAAUAAAACUAAAACUAAUAUAACUAUUGAAUAAUUUUUUGAUAGUUUUCCUACAAUUAAACUACAGCUAGAUGAUGAUUAAAUAUUUGAGUGGCCUUCUAUGUAUUACAUGUAUGAAACGAAAUAAUAUAAAUUCUGUAUUUCUAUUGAAAGCGGAUCUGCUACUCUUGGGUAGACUUUUAUGAGAUAUAAUGACAUUUUGUUUGAUAGAGAAUCUAAGUAAAUAUAAAUUAAUUAGGCUUUUUGUAGUGAAUAUGUAUUUGGAGAUAAAGAAAUACACAAUAUUAGUAUUGAUGAAGAUCCUAAACCUAUAAAUGAGACUGUAUAAUAAAAUGAUUAUAUAAUUUUAGCAAUAAUUGUAAUAGUUGGCAUACUUGCAUUAGCAGUUCUAGUAUUUUUAGGAAUUAAAAAGUGCAAAAAGCAUCAAGAAUUGCCUUCUGAUGAGAAAAUUAUGAUCAAGAAAGAAAACGAUGAUCAAAAUAAAGGCAUUUAAAAAGGUAAUAAUGAUAUUGAGAAACAAAAAGGGAAUAAAUUUUAAAUAGGAGAUAAUGAAGACUAAAAUAUUGAAAUGGCCUAUAAAGAUAUUUACUAGGAAAAAUUAGAUGAAGAAGACAAUUCAAAAGUCAAAUAAUAAUUAGCUGAAUUCUAAAAGUUUAAUUUCGAGACAAAUUGA